ACGCUUUCCAACACUGCAUGAAAGAGAGGAUAGAGUCUAACUGGAGAAAAAAUCUUGUCAAUUUUUCGACCAAGAAACAAAAUGUAAAACCUGCGAAUUAAGAGCCAAAAUUAGUGCAAACUUACACACUAAGCAAAAUGCUUUCGAUGGUAAACAAAAACUAAUCACACUGCUUACCAAUCCAUACAAAGAUGAACGUUAUGCGUAAGCUGCGUGGAGCGGCUACCGCAGGCAGCGGGAGUGGCAGCAGCGGAAGCACUGGGGCCGCCAACAACAGUUUGCCCGGAGGCAACAGGUCCGCCAUGGAUCUCGGUGCCUCGUCCGCGGCAAACGGACGGACCGAAGAGGAGGCCCUGAUCGACGCUCGAGUUCUGGUGAGCCUCAGCACGCUUAAGAAGCUCUUCAACGAGUACACUCAUCCAAGGGAACCGCUGAGCGAGCAGGAGCGCGACGACAAGCUCUACGAGAUGCUGCCGCUGUUCUGCAAAGUAUUCAGCAGUUGCCCAGCAAACGACAUGAGCGAAAAGUUUUGGGAUGUGGUCGCCUUUUGCCAGCAAGUUUCCCGUCUCAUGGUCAGCGAAAUCCGCAAGAGAGCCUCAAAUCAGAGCACGGAGGCGGCCUCCAUUGCCAUCGUCAAGUUUCUCGAGGUGGAAACCACUGAGGAAACGAGCAGCGGCUGGAUGCUGCUGGCAACCCUAAACCUACUGGCCAACGGAGACGUAUCCCUUAUACAAGUAAUGACUGCCGCCGCGGUUCCCUCGACUCUUGUGAAGUGCCUGUAUUUGUUCUUCGAUCUGCCAAUAGUCGAGGAUGAUGAGCCAACUGUAGACGGAGGGGCAGUGAGUGAGUUUAACGCCCACGAAAGACGCACUCUCCUGCAGAAGGUGUUUGUGCAGCUGCUGGUCAAGCUUUGCUCCUACCCCUAUCCCGCCGAGGAACUUGCCCGCAUGGACGACUUGACACUGCUAUUUUCGGCCAUCACAUCGCCGUGUCCCAUUCACAAUAUUGUGUGGCGCAAGAACGCUGCUGAAAUCCUGACCACGAUAUCAAGAAACGGUCUUACCGAUGCCGUCGUAAGCUACAUACAUUCCAAGGGCUGCAUGGCUCUUUGUGUAGACAAUAUGCAACGCCUGACGUUUGGAAAUCCAUUGGAAAUCGUCGAAAUGUUCGUCACCGUGUUCUGUUUUCUCAAGGACUCUAGCCAGGUUUCGCAGAUAUUAAUGGAUGAUUUUCGCGCCUCGCAGGGUUACGUGUUUCUAAGCGAUUUUCUUCUCAAGUUUGACAACAACCGCAGCCAAUCUCUGGAGAUUCAAGCGGCUAUUCGCAACCUGGUUCUGAUGAUCUCUUCGUUGUGCAUGUGUGGUUUUUACGAGCUUCGACCGCCAGCUUCGCAGUUCAACACGGCUUUUAAGCUGCAGAACUUCCAGCUCCCGCAGGCCACCUCUCGAGAGACCUGCGUGCGAAAUGUGUACGCCUUCCAGGUGCUACAAAACGUAUUCCUCAAGUCUACGACGCCGGCUCUCUGCUGCACCAUCCUGGACGCUAUUUCGCGGGUGUACCACUCGGAAAACGCCAACUACUUCAUCCUAGAAUCGGAGCAUACCCUUAGCUCGUUCGCGGAGCGAAUCCACUUAAAAAGCCCGCAAAUCCAGGAAAAAUUCUACGACCUUCUGGAGUUCAUCGUCUUCCAGCUUAACUUCGUCCCGUGCAAGGAGCUGAUCAGCCUUUCGCUUCUACUCAAGCACAACCAAUCAACGCCCUGCAGCAUUCUAUGUCUGAAGACCCUGCUGAACAUACUGCGCCAUAACACUGUCUUCAAAGACGUCUACCGCGAAGUGGGUAUUCUGGAAAUCUUCGUCGGUUGCCUUACUCGAUACGCAGCCCACGUGCUGCAGAUUACCAAGGGCGACGAGUCAGUAGUGGUCGAGCUGGAAGGGGACACGGAGGAAACUCUGCUAGACACGAUGGGCAAAUAUGUCCUGGAGGCGCUUACAAUGCUCCUUGGCGGUGGGGCCAGCAGCAAUGCCCAGCUCUUUCGCGAGUACAGUGGCGCAAAAAGCGUCCACGAGCUAGUGAAGUUCAAACACUGUAGACCACAGGCUCUCGGAAUUGUGAGAGAGCUGAUUCUCUCCGCCGGCGGAGACGACGACAUGCUGCACAUACUCUCCCUGAUGCACAGCGUCAGCCCGUUGCAGGUGGAGUUCAAGAUCCAGAUACUCAACAUGCUGCUCGGAUGCCUAAAGGACUCGCACCGCACUCGGACCGUCUUCCGCAAAGUGGGCGGCUUCGUUUACGUCACCAGUGUGUUCGUGUCUCUAGACGGCAGUAUGGCCCAGCCGCAACCGGACAUUCCACAACAGGAUCUCAUUUUGCUACUGCAAAUCGUCUUUCAGACCUUGGCCACAGCCAUGCGAUUUGAGCCGGCGAACGCCAAGUUCUUUCACCAGGAGAUUAGCAGCAGCUCAUUGUGUGAUACUCUUCGGCUGCUAGGGUGCUUUGGAAAGUCCUCUGUUUUGCAGGACUUUUCAGGCGUGCACGAGCCGCAGCAACCGCUGCUAAAGUAUUACCAUGAAAUCUUCAGCGGAGAUAUUCUGAGCGUCAGAUUCUCUGAAGACGUUCCCUAUCCAUUGUCCUACGUCUGCGUCGUAUUUAGGCUGCUCUACAGUAUUGCGCUGGACAAUUUUGAGGUACCAAAUCUGAGCGGCGUGAUAACGCUUGUCAGCGACCCUCCAGCGCUUUUGCGAUCACCAAGCAAGGAGCUGGCGGCACCGGUGCACCCCAGCCAGCUGAAUCUCACGCAGCCCAGUCCCGAGCCGCGGAUAGUCCACCCGGGUGUGGUGAUCUGCAUGCUACAGCUCCUGCCCGCUGUGGAACACGACUCAGCUCCUCUGCAGGCCGUGCAGCUGCAGGUGUACCUCAGCGAAGUCAUCAAGUCCCUGGUGCGCAACGAACGCAACCAGCAGAUCAUGUGCGAGCACGGACUGGCCGAGAAGCUGCUCAAGCUGACGCGGAGAGCUCUGGCGGAAGAAUCGCAUCCGCUGCACGUGCCCAUGCAGUACAUCCUGGAACGGCUGGCUGCCCAGGCGCUGCAGCCCACUGAGCUGCGCCAGUUCCUGCGCUUGGGCGACCCGCUCUGUUGUGCGGAUAUAGAUCUCCAGCAGCCUUACAAGCUCGGCGGACCGGUCCCGCUGACCCGGAUAAAGACUCUGGUGUCCAUGACAACGCCGCGUGAUUUUCGAGCUCAUGGAUCAAGCACGCUGCCCCCCUUCGUGGAGCUCGACAUGUCUGCCGAGGGCUUCGGCUGCCUCUACCUGCCCUCACUGGCGCCUCAGGCAACUGCCACCGCCGGCGGAACCAUCGACGCCAACACCAUCGGAGGCAUCGGAGCCGGCGAUCGCAUCUUUCCGCCUCAAACAGGGCUCACGUACUCCACCUGGUUUUGCGUAGAAAAGUUCUCAGACCCCAAGACGGACCCGCACUGCGUCCGGCUUCUUACCCUGGUGCGGACUAUUCACAAUCCCCGAGAGGAGAACCUGGCUUGCUUGUCAAUUUUGCUGUCGGCGCGGGACAAGGCUAUUGUUGUAUCUACCCAGGAGACCCUGGUCACUCCAAGAAAAAGUAUUGGUGACUGGGAGCCCGAAGGAUCGGAUGACGGCAUUGCCCGCAUAUGGUGUCCCGAUCUCCUGCACGAGGGCCAGUGGCAUAACCUAGUCGUCGUGCUGAACAGAGCCGUGCUGAAGAACUCGAGUUUGUUCCUUUACUUGGACGGAGUGCCUAUGCACACGCAAAAGUUGCACUACAUCGCCCAGCACCCGGCAGCAGGCAACGCCAGCCUCACGUCGGCCACUCAGAUUUUCGGAUACAUCGGUACUCCCCCAAUCUGGCGUCGCUACUCCCGACUCUGUUGGAAGCAGGGCGUGUGCCACCUUAUCGAAGAUGUGCUCACGCAGCAGACUGUUCAGACCAUAUACCAACUGGGACCCCACUACAUGGGCUCGCUUCAAGCUCCGCAGCUAAACAAGCAGGCGGAGUCGUUGGCACCCCUGGUGCCCGAGGACCGCGUCCUCCUGGGUCUUAACGCUAAAGCGGUUUCCAAGUUGACGCUGGUGAAGAUCCGGAAGGUGUACAGCCGGGCGGAUAACAAGAGCAUCGCCAAGCAGUUGAACAUGAACUCACAUGAGAAUGCCACGCCCAUAAAAAUUUUGCACAACUCUGCUGGGCACCUGGCAGGAGCUGGUCGCUCCCUAGGCGGCGUGGUUGUGGGUUACCUGGGAGUAAGAGUGUUCAGCCCACAUCCCGUCUCGGCCAUGAUCGACACUGUGGGCGGCUGCAACGUGCUCCUCGGCAUCAUUGCCAUGGCUCAAGACGUGGAGUCCCUAUAUGCAGGAGUCAAGGCGCUGACCUGCGUGGUGCGGAGCAAUCGUGCUGCCCAAGCAGAGAUGGACAGGAAACGUUGCUACCAGACGUUGGGCAUGUUUUUUAAGAAGAAAAAACAUCUACUGAACUCGCACAUUCUGCACCUGACCUUCGGUCUGGUGGGAACGGUGAGCAGCGGACAAGACAUGUCGGCCAUUCCGAAUGUGACGGCUUUCCAGGACCUACUGUGUGACCUGGAGAUCUGGCAUAACGCACCGAACGGACUACUCCGCUCCCUGCUGGAGCAUCUGCUUGAGUUAGUGGUAGAGUCCAGCGACAAAAAGCAGAACGUGAAGAUAAUGCGGGACCUGCAGCUCCUGGUCAAACUGCUGCACAUCAUCACUCAAAUCCAAGACCACUCGACACGGGAAAUCCUCUUCAGUCUGCUGGAGACUCUACUGGGUGGGCAGCCGAGGCACACCGACCUGUUGCUUUUUGGCCAGUAUGUUGCGGCCAAGCUACCACAGGCUCAUAAUGGAGGACAGGAGCGGGCUGUGCUUUUACCCAGUAUGAAGAACCCAAGUGAAGACCAGGAUGGAGGUGUGGCCCAGAACAUCUAUCUGCGUAAUCGCUGUCUCUCCCUGCUCCACGGACUUCUUUUCACGCCCCGAAACACCGUGAACUAUGUUAUCUGCGACGACAUUUCCAAGACCCUGGGCAUGGACUGGUUGCUCCUCUUCAUGCAGCCCCACGUCCACUUUACCACCGUCAUCAUCGCGGUGCGCAUCUUGGUCGUGGUCUGUGCCAACGAAAGUUUCCUUGUGCGCUUCAGGGACGCCACCCACAACGGCGGCUACCUUCGCUUCACGGAGAUGGUUUCCCAACGGAAGAUGCUAGGCUUAGGUGCCCAACAGCUGAACCAGCGCCCGACCAACGGCACUGGCACAGUGAUUGUAGCCACCCCACAGAACACCAUACAGCAUCUGCCCACACAGAUCGCAGGCGAGGUGCGAGCGGCGGCCUUGAAUAUACCAGGUUUCCAGCUCCUGGAAUGGCUUAUGCAUCACCACCUGGAUGUCCCGGAGCUGUACUUUUUAAUAACGGCCUUGAUCAUGGGGCAGCCUGUAAAAGUGCUAGCUACCGAGCACACUAAGUUCGACCUUGACCGAGUGUGGUCGUUCCUCUGGGGCGCUCCCGUCUCCGCCAACACGCAGUUGCCCAAGCUUAAUGUUUGCCCCGAGGCUGUGUGCGUCCUCUUGGCCAUGGUGCGCGGAAUCGUUCACGGGGGCGAGUGCGCCCCUUGGUUGCACAGCCACCCGGAAACCAUCAUCCAACUGCUUUUCAGCCUGUACCAGAACCUCAGCGACUUUGCGCCAGUAAUGAUGGCCGGCGACGUAGUCACCUCCCUCGUGGCCGUGCUCUUUCCAUUGGCGACUCGUAAUCCGGGAUCAGAGCCGAACAGUGGAGCAUCAACCCCGACGGACGAUGCCGGGAGCAGCUUUGCGUUGCCACCACCGGAGUCCCUGCAUGGAGCCCAACAGCCCAAGCUAACCACUCAUCCGGUGUGCAACUGCAUCAUUGACUUCCUGCGCGUAAUCGUGGUGGACUCCCUUGGCCUGAACAUGCAGGGCAAGCUAGCGCCGGUAAUCGACCUUGUGCUGGAUGCAGCGCCGGACUCGGCGGAACUGCCUCUACAGGUUCAGUACCAGACGCAGAUAAUCAUUGCGCUAAUGGAUCACCUGCUGGCCGCCGACGUUCUUGUAGGCGAACAGGCUGCCCUGCCCUUGGUACCUCUACUGCAAAGCCAGAUGCAGCACAUCGCUCCGAACGUUUUUUACCUAACCGCCCGCAUCGUGGACAAGCUGUGGCAGGGCUGCCUCGCCCGUAACCCCCACGACAUUUUCGACUUCGUGAUCAAACUUAUAGUUCAGGCCAAAAGGCGCUCCUCGUCGUUGUCGCUGGAGCAUCUGCACCACUCGCUGAACCGCAGCAUCCUCUUUUUGCUCUCCCGCCCCACCGACGACUCGCGGGCUGACCAAAUGAGUGUGCUUGAGGCACUGCACAAGAUCAUACAGCACCGCCUGCUCAUUUUCGGAGCGGGCAACCACGAGCUGGAGUUCAUUGGAUGCCUCACCUACUGCCUGCUGCAGCUGACAGCCGACAUGAAAAUCAUCCUGGAGCCGGCCACCAGCCGAAACACCACCUGGCACGUUAAUCCGCAGACGGAGACGACAGAGCCCAAAGAUGAGGACCUCAAUCAGCUGCAAGGUCGGAACCUAAUCGUUGGCGCUGCCUUUCGGGUUUGGGAGGAGCUGUACGUGUGCAAGAAGCCUGCCAUCGAGGAAGUUUUCAAGGUCUCCCUUACGGCCCCACCGCCCAACUCCAAGGCACCUGACCUGCAGACCACGCGUGAACUGGUGAUGGAGCUGGCUUCUAAGCUGUGGUUCAACUAUGUGGAGGCGGAACGCAAGGCCACCUACCGCGCCCCCUGGGAGCUGCACACGCAGAUCCAGUCGAAAAUUCAAAAGGUAACCGGCGGACUUUCCCGCCUGACCAGCCGCACCAAAACCAAGAAGGAGGAGCUGGUACGAACCAAGUCAACACUAAGCCGCGAGGCCGCCUACGAGUCAACUGCAAUCCAUGUGCAGCUGAUAAAGGAUCUGUUGGACCUGCGCGCCAAGCAGUACCAGCAGAUGCUGCUGCACACGCAGCGCUACGUUUACCAGGACUGGGUGCAGUCGGAAACGGAGCUUACCCGUGAGCGGGGACUGUGGGGACCUUCUUGUCCCACUAUGGAUCUUCAGACCACCGGCAGCUGCUCACUGGAUAAGUGGAUUCUGGAUACCACCGAGGGACCCCACCGGAUGCGCAAGAAGACGAUGCGCAACGAUCUGUUUUACCUGCACUACCCAUACCGACCGGAGCUGGAAUUAGCCGACAACCGCCAGCUGAAGUACAAAGUGGCGUCCAGCCUGGACAGUAAGACGUACGCGCUGCACGGUCCGCAGCAGCCCCGCAUCCUGGCCGAGGCGGCGGAACAGCAUGUGAUUCAUCAGCAGAGUUCUCUGGAAGCAGUGCACUCCCACCGCCUAGAGGCCAGCAGCUCCACUUCCACGCCACCGCCCCUGGCCUUACCGAAGCUCGUGGGCCAUGGGUCGGCUCCCUAUCCGCAGGAGUCAGUGGACGGCAAUGCCCCGGAGGACGACGAGGAGGAGGAGGACACCUCGAUGAACAGCGACAAUGAGACGACCUUUUUGCGCUUACUUGAGGAGCAAGAGAAGAUCAGCUUUAUGUUCCGAUGUGCAAGAGUCCAGGGAUUGGACACGUUCGAAGGGCUUUUGCUGUUUGGCAAGGAGCACUGUUACAUUGUGGAUGGGUUUACGCUGCUGAAAAACCGCGAGAUUCGCGACAUAGACACGCUGCCGCCAGGAGCUUACGAGCCUAUCAUUCCCAACUCCGGGGGAACCUCUUCGACAACCUCACGAGCCGUAAGCCACAAGCUGAGGCAGUGUUCGAAGUUCGCCUACGAGGAGAUUCGCGAGGUGCACAAGCGGCGAUACCUGCUUCAGCCCAUCGCACUUGAAAUAUUCUCUGAAGAUGGACGCAACUAUCUGCUGAGCUUUCCGCGAAAAGUGCGCAACAAGGUGAACCAGCGUUUCCUGGCUCUGGCCACUGCCCUGAAUGACAACGCGCAGCAAUCCGUGGCGGGACAAAAGCGCACGGCCAGCGUGGAGCAGACUGCGGGCAUCUUCAGCGGCCUGAUCGGCGAGACCUCGGUAACCCAGCGCUGGGUGCGUGGCGAGAUUUCGAACUUUCAGUACCUUAUGCACCUGAACACUCUGGCUGGGCGCAGCUACAACGACCUGAUGCAGUAUCCCGUUUUCCCCUGGAUCCUGGCCGACUACGAUUCAGAGGAGCUGGACCUGACCAAUCCCAAGACCUUCCGAGACUUUUCGCGCCCCAUGGGCGGCCAAGCGGAGGAGCGUCUGGAACAGUUCCAGAAACGCUUCAAGGAGUGGGACGAUCCGCACGGCGAGACGCCCCCUUACCACUACGGCACCCACUACAGCUCCGCGAUGAUCGUAUGCUCGUAUCUGGUGCGGCUUGAGCCUUUUACGCAGCCGUUCCUGAAGCUGCAGGGCGGACACUUCGACCUAGCGGACCGCAUGUUUCACAGCAUCAAGGAGGCCUGGCUCUCUGCCUCCAAACUAAACAUGGCCGAUGUCAAGGAGCUAAUCCCGGAGUUCUUCUACCUGCCCGAGUUCCUCAGCAACUUUAACAGCUUCGACCUGGGUACCAAGCAGAACGGGGAGACCCUCAACCACGUUAUCCUGCCGCCGUGGGCCAAGCACGAUCCCAGGGAGUUCAUCCGGCUGCACAGAAGCGCUCUGGAGUGUGACUAUGUCAGCCAGCACUUACAUCUGUGGAUCGACCUAAUCUUUGGCUGCAAGCAACAAGGACCGGCUGCCGUCGAUGCCGUUAACGUGUUCCACCAUCUCUUUUACGAGGGAAACGUGGAUAUCUACAACAUUGACGAUCCACUCAAAAAGAAUGCCACCAUUGGCUUCAUUAACAACUUUGGCCAGAUUCCAAAGCAGCUGUUUAAAAAGGCGCAUCCUGCUAAAAAGAUGGGCAGCUCGCGGCACUCGGCGUUAAUCGAUCCCACAGCUCUGAUUCAGGGCAACAGCACCGUGCUGCAAACCGACCGACUGUUCUUCCACAACCUGGACAACCUGAAGCCCAGUCUUCAGCCCAUCAAGGAGCUGAAAGGUCCCGUCGGUCAAAUCUUGCAGCCCGAUAAGACUGUGUUUGCUGUGGAGCAGAACAAGGUUAUGAUGCCGCCCUCUUACACGAAGUACAUAGCCUGGGGCUUCGCCGACCACUCUCUUCGCGUGGGACUCUACGACACGGAUCGGGCGUCCUUCGUAUCUGAGGCAUCGGCACAGAACUCCGGCGAGAUCCUGACCUGUGCCUGCCCCAACGCCAAGAUGAUUGUCACGGCCGGAACGAGCUCGGUGGUGACCAUCUGGAAGUUUGACGCAAAUCGCAAGAGCCUCGCCGUCAAGCACUCGCUGCACGGCCACACCGAAGCCGUGACCUGUCUGGCCGCCAGCGCUGCCUACAAUGUGAUCGUGUCCGGAUCCCGGGAUGGCACUGCCAUCGUCUGGGAUAUGACCCGGUUCACUUUUGUGCGCCAGCUGCGAGGACAUGCUGGAGUGGUGGCUGCCGUGGCCAUCAACGAGCUGACCGGAGACAUUGCCACCUGCUCGGCCACCUGGCUGCACGUGUGGUCCAUCAAUGGCGACGCCUUGGCUAUGGUGAACACGUGUGUGGGCAGUGCGGAUCGCAUGCAGCAGAUCCUUUGUGUGGCCUUCUCCCAGACCCGCGAGUGGGACCAGCAAAAUGUGGUCAUCACUGGAUCUACCGAUGGUGUAGUGAGGAUGUGGUCUUUGGAGCACACACAGGUGCCCAUUGAUCGCAAGUUGAAGAGAGGAAUGGAGGUGUCUUCGCAGGACAAACCAGACACUGCCUCUUCGGAUGGCAAGGAUUCUAAGGACGACAAAAUGAGCCUCAUUAAACAAAUAAAAAGCCUUUCCCAAUCAGAGGAAGAGUUGGAAAUAGUCAAAUCCGCCUCCGAAAGUAGCAUCUCAGAAGCAUCCCAGCAUAGCCGUGAAUCGAGUAAGUCAGCAGAGACAGGUGCCAAAGCGGAGUUGCAAGGAGAACACAGGAAGAGCUCCCUAUCGGGAGCAAAGUCCCUGCAUGAAAUGAAAUCGGCUACUGUAGAAGCGGAAGAAAGCAGCUGUGAUCCCAAGUCAAAUGAGGAUGAACACUCUAUAAGGCCGAGCAAAUCAGAUACAAGCCUGACUGAUGGAUUUGUUGUAAUCGACAAUGACAGGCAUAAAGGCGAUCAAGUUUUAAGAAAAGGCUUCAGAUGGCAACGUCAAUUAAUGUUCCGCUCAAAGUUAACCAUGCAUACGGCGUAUGAUCGUAAGGAUAAUGCCGAACCAGCUAGCAUUACUGCGUUAACAGUAUCAAAAGAUCACAAAAUAUUAUAUGUCGGCGAUGCACGCGGGCGAAUCUUUUCGUGGAGCGUUACAGAACAGCCUGGUCGCGGAGUGGCUGAUCAUUGGCUAAAAGAUGAAGGAGCUGAUCAAUGUGUCAAAUGCCACAUCAAAUUUACACUUUAUGAGAGGAAGCACCAUUGUCGCAAUUGCGGUCAAGUGUUUUGCAACAAGUGCAGUCGUUUCGAGUCAGAAAUAUCUCGUCUUCGAAUCCUAAAGCCAGUUAGGGUGUGCCAGGCAUGCUACAGUCAACUGCGGACGAAUUCAUUGGAAAAUUAGGAAAAUUAAACGGAAUGUAUAUGUACGCCAUUGGAAGUUAAUCAUAUUACUGUGUUUAUUUGUAACUGUUUAAUGUAGUUUUAACUUCUAUUUAUUUUUUCGAUACAAUAGUUUUAUCCAAAAUGAGUUGAUCUAACUUCAAACAAAGGCUGUUAUAUGAUUUUAUAUUUAAUUUUACACUUUAAUUCGAAUUUUUUUAUACCAAACCAAGUUGCAAUAUAAUUUAUACACUUAUGUAUUUAUAACUAUUUAUUAAACGCUGAUUUAAAACGUAAUAUUGCUUAUACUUAGAAUGCAUUGACAAUUUAUAGUUAUGUAACGACGUUGUACAAUUUUGUAGGUAUUGACUAUUUAUUGUAGACUUUCGAAGCAGCCUAACAACAUGGCCAGCGCACAAAAAUCGAAAGUCCCUUCAAAGCUUAGUGUCUUUCGUAUCGAUUCACAGAAAGCAGCCCUCGACAGAUAAAUCAAUAAUAAUCAAACCAAGCACCGCCAGAAAUAUCAAUUAAAUUAAAACUAAAACAAUUCUCUAUCAAAUAAGACCAAACACAUCACGAUCAAUAUCGUCGCACCUUUUGCGGCUACAAAACAUGUUUUAGCACACAACACUACAACCUCACACUAAACUAAAGGCAAGUAGAUUCUCUCAAAAUUACUUUUUUGCGAAAUGCGAAAAGAAAUACAAGCAAUGCAAAGAAUGUAAUAAACGGAAUAUUUCAAAUUGCAAUUAACCUUAAAAAAAUAUUGCAAAAUUAUUGAUAUAAAUACAUAUACAAAGGAAAGCAAGGCAACUGUGCUGAAACUUAAAUUUGAUUUUUCUAAAAAAAACAAGUUGGAAAAUUGUUAUUUAAGUUCAGAGCUUUAAACCAUUUAAUUCCUUCCACCAAUUACGACAAGAGGCCCUUAAUAUUAAAUUAAUGUAAAUAUAAAAGUGAAAAACAAUGAGAAACUAUACAAGUAAUGCAAAUAAAUUAGAUAAAUUUAUUGGUAGUCAUGGUAGAAAAACAUUCCGUAUUUUGUAGAAAAUCUACAUGUUGCAUUGAUAAUAAUUUACAAAUAUUACUUAUGUACGGGUGGCAGUAAACGAGAAGAUGAACGUCGCGGUAAGAGCAACUAAUGCAAUUGUAUUCUUUUCAGUCUGUUGAAGAAAAUUCCGAGCACUAAAGACAAAAAAAUGUAAUUUUCCAUCUUGUAGAAAGAUUUCAAUGAACUAUAAAGCUCAAAAACUUUAAAUGCGUUACAGUUCAAAGCAGAACGAGCAGUGUUACAUAAUCGAAAUCUUGAUAUCUGUAAUAAGAGAGGACACCACGCAAACACAAGAUCAACCUGUAUUAACUUAACAACUUAAAUAAAUUACAAAACACUCAUAUAAAUAGAGUAUAUAUAUAUUUAUUGUUAGUGCGUGAGAUAGAAAGCAUAAACAUUACUACAUGCAAAGUUUAAAGCAUACAAUUUAAUAAAUGAAAUAUGUUAAA